ACUACGCUAGUGACACUGUGAAAGGUGUCAAUGUCAAAUGUCCGGUUUUUUAAUCUCCAGAGGAUUUUAUUACAAUCAAAAUUCGAAUUUCCAUAAUAUAAGAACGCAAUGUCUAAACCUUCCAAAGUGAAGUCAAGAAGGAAAUAUAUCAGUCCUGUAUUUCAUUUACAGUCUAAAGAUGAAGAUGAUCAACACAUAACCAAGGAUGUAGUCAAGAAUGUCCGAAAAACUGGUCAUUUAAAUUUGUCCUCCAAGCAUUUGGCCUCUGUACCAGAUAGAAUGUUUUCGAUUUAUGCACAAACAGAUGAAUGUCAAGUAGACAUAGAUUUUAGCAGAGGUAUUAAGGAGGAUGAAGCAUGGUGGAACAUCAAAACAUUAACAAACUUGGAUUUAAGUUCCAAUGUUGUAACACACAUCCCAGGGAAAAUAGGCAUGUUUCAAGACUUGGUGGUAUUGAAUUUACAAGAUAACCUGUUAACAGAACUACCUGAGGAAAUUGGUAACUUAACAAAAUUAACCAGACUAUGUUUAAACCACAAUAAAAUUAACAAACUGCCUAAAGAUUUUAACAAAUUAACGGAGCUGAAGUAUUUAUCUAUGAGUCAUAACUAUUUGGAAUGUGUUUCAAAAAGUGUUGUUGAUCUAAUCAUGUUAGAAAAAUUGGAUAUGUCAAAUAAUUCAAUACAAAAAUUGCCACCUGGAAUUGGAUUUUUAGUUCGUCUGACGGAGUUGAAUAUUUCAAACAAUAAACUCACUGAAUUGCCACCCGAUAUUGUUAAUCUAAGAGAAAUGAUUCCUGUUGAAAUAACUAAUUUAUUCCACCUUUCGAAAUUUGAUAUAACAAAUAAUGAUAUUAAAGAGUUGCCGAAUACCAUGGGGUUGAUGCCACAUUUGCAAACGUUGAAGGUAGACGGAAACAAACUAAAACAAAUCAGACCCGAUAUAAUUCAAACAGGGACUAAUAGAAUUAUGAAGUAUUUGAGGGAAAAAAUAAGUGAAGAGGAUCUGCAAGCUAUGAAUAUCCCAUCAGAUGUUUCCUACGAUUGCAAAAUAUUUCCCGAUAGGUAUACCAUGAGGAAUGGCAAUGUUUUGAAUUUGGCAAUGAAAGAUAUAUCUGAGAUUCCUGAAGAAUGUUUUCUUGAAGCUAAGGAGGCGAAUGUAACGUCUGUAGAUUUAUGUAAAAAUAAGUUCCACAAUGUUCCUUCUGGACUGUCAUUACUUUCAGAUCGUUUGACAGAGUUGAACUUGUCUUCGAAUCGUCUAUGUGAGGUACCAGACUUUCUUUCGGAUUUAACAAUGCUGAAAUUUCUUGAUUUGAGUAAGAAUCAAUUGAACUCUUUACCAGAAAAUUUUUCAAAAAUGGUGUUCCUGAGAGAAUUGGUACUGAAUAAUAACAAAUUCACUAAAAUUCCAUCUUGUGUAUUUGAUAUGGUUGGCCUGGAAAUUCUUCUAAUAAAAGAGAAUGGUGUUGAAGAGAUAUCAAUUGAAGGUCUGAAACUUUUGAAAAGGCUCGCCACUUUAGAUCUUUCUAAUAACAACAUUCAUGUAGUACCACCAGAACUCGGAAAUAUGACACAGUUAAGGUGUCUAGAGUUGAAAGGCAACCCUUUUCGACAACCGAGGUAUGCCAUAUUAGAACAAGGAACAGAUACCAUUUUAUCAUAUUUAAGAGACAAAAUACCGAUAUAAUAUUUAGGAGUCAAACGUUCUCAGCUUUUAGUACAAAAUAAGUCAGAAAAAUUGUGAAUAAUUAUUAGAUCUGAUUUAGAUUUAAGAAAAAGUACUACCUACUACUUUCGUAUCUUAUAAUUGAAUUACCAUCCCAUUUGGUGUGUUCAUCUGUACAUACUCAUUUUUGUAAAAAUAAUUCGUCUAAUUCAGUAUUACUUUGAUCAAUUUGUAAUAAAGGAUUAUUAAAGAAA